AUGCAGAAGCUAAUUUAUGUAUCAUUAUUUUUUUUGGUAUUCUUUGCAUCAAAAUUUCCCGUUGUUCUUUCCAAAGAUGAUGAUCAACGUCAUGGAAUGGAUUCUUAUAGUAUGAAUAAAUAUAAUGAUAUUUAUAGACUUAACGCAGACAACGGAAUUCACCACAAUUUAAGACCCUCACCAUAUAUUGAUAUAGAGGAUCUAGCUAAAGGAAAGGAUAAUGCGUCCGAUUUUAGAGAAAAUGAACUAUUUAAUAUACAAAAUGAUGCAAGUUCUAAUACAGGUACAAAUGAUGAAAAAGUUAUUACACUAUCAGAUAAAAUUUAUACUGAUAAAAUAAAAAAUACUAUUGAAUACAGAAAAUGGAGAGCACAAUCUAAAUUUAGGCCCCCCCCUAGAGACCCUGAGGAAGAUAUGUUUGUAGAAGGAUAUAAACCCAUAAAAGGAACAGAUGAUAAUUUAUUACCUCAUAAAAAAGAGAAGCAAGAUUUUGAAGAACAAAUACAAAAAUAUGUAGAUCUAGAAAAUGAAUUACAAAAGCAAAAAGAGUUAGAAGAAGCAGAAAGAAGGAAAAAGGAAAUUGAAGAUGAAGAAAGAAGAAGAAAGGAUAUUGAAGAAGAAGAAAGAAAGAAAAAGGAAUUAAGGGAUGCCCAAAGAAAGAAGGAAGAAAUUGAAUUUGAAGAAAGAAUGAAGCAAAAAUUAAAUGAUGAACAAAAGAGACAGAAAGAUUUGGAAGAGAUAAACAAAAAGGAAAAUGAUAUGCAAGAAUCAUACAAAAAACUAGAAGAUUUAGAAUUAGAUAAUGUGGAUACGAAAAUAAAUAAUAAUGAUACGUAUGAUAUAGAACAUUUAGUUAAUGAUGACAACAAAUUAUACACUAAAAUUAAUAGAAUAGUUUCUGAGGUUUCUCGAAGUAAUGAAUUAUAUGUCAAUAUUAUGAAAUAUAUAACUCUCAUGUACACUUAUCAUGUUGAUAUAAGAAAAGAAAAUUUUACUAAUGGAUCUAUAUCAAUUUUUUUAACAUUUGAAAAUCCUAAAAUGGGAAAUGACCUUGCUAAUAUAAAUAUAUCAUUUUUUGCCAGUGAACAAACAACUGAUACAAAUGAAGUUGCAGAAGUAAGAUCGAAUUAUUUUACUAAUUAUAACAUGAAUGAAUUAUUAGAAGAUAAUGCAUCUGGAAAACUUUUAUCUCAAGAUGAAUAUAUAAAAGAGUUGGUUAAAUAUAGUCAUUGGUUUAAUUCAUCUAAUAAAGAAAACUUAAAAAAUAAAAAUUAUGAUAUGAAUACGAAUAUAUCUAAAACUUUACAAUACGUUAUAGAUAAUAAUAUUAAUCUUGCGGAUAAUUUUAUAACAUUCAAUAGAACUAAUGAAGGAGAAGUAACAAUAUCAAAAUUAGACGAUUUUCUCAAUGAAUGCUCGAACGUAAAAGCUGAAGAUAUAAAAAAAGAAGAAAUUAAAAAAAUUAUGAAGACUCUAAAAAGAAAGGAACAAAUUAUUCAAGAAGUAAAAAAUUCUUUGAUUAAAAAAGAUAUUGAAAAAUGUAAAUUAUAUACAACAAUUCUUAUGUUUGGUUCUUCAAUAUAUUCUAGUAUAAAAUAUUUCUUUUUAUUAAUGUUAUUUGUUAUAUACAUUUUGUAA